UGUGAGUGUGUGAGUGUGAGUGUGUGUGUGUGAGUGAGUGUGAGAGUCGCGUUACGCACUCACCCACUGCACCACUCCGAGGCGCAGAUGUAAGUGGGAGCCUCUGUGGGGUUGGGAUCCCACUCUCGUAGUGGGGAUUUCCAUUCAGAAAAAACAACCCCCACUCCGCAGGAAAUAUCCAAACAUUCACUGUCCUCUACAAUGCCGAGUCCACACUAUGGCUCAGUCAGAUUUAGCAGCAGUUAAAAAGCCUUUUCGAGCAACUGAGAUCUGGUGCAGUCUCAUCGCUGCCCUGCAGUCCCAUGUGGAGGUGAAACGCCGCAGACACAACCUGAAGUAUCAUAAUGACUGCUUCCUGGGCUCGGACGCUGUGGACGUUAUUCUGGGUCACCUCCUGCAGAACAGUUACUUUGGUGACGUUGAAAUCCCUCGAUCAAAAGUCGUGCGACUCUGUCAGGCUCUGAUGGACAACAAAGUGUUUGAAGGAGUCGGAACCAGGCUUUUCGGGAAAGAUAAGAAGGGGCUGAGUUUUGAGGACAGUAGCUGCAGUUUAUACCGAUUCACAGUCGAGCACAAGCUCAGCGAUGCUGUGAAAGAGAAACCACCAUAUAUAAGGAAUUCUCCCAUACCAUCCAGAACCCUGUUCGGUGGAUUAUAUCGGAGGCGAGAACAAAUGUAUUUUCCCCAUUCGGUGGAUACCAGUUCCACUGAUAGAUCGUUGGAAGAGCUGCUCGAUAACUUGAGUUUAAAGCCUGUUCAUUCCUCUCGUAUCAAAGUGUCUCACGUGUCACAGCAAGUUGUUAAUGAAAUUUGGCUAGAGCAAGCCACACUACGUCUGCUGCAGCUCAUAGAGCUCCCGAUCCUAGAUUCUCUACUGGAGAGAAAGGAGAACAGACAGAAAACACUGAAUGCAGCCAGCAGUGCAGAGGAUCUGAUUAACAGCAACAUCUUGGACAGAGAAAUACUGAAAGCUUUUAGUGACUCACAGGCAGAUGAAUGGCUGUCGGCUGCAGUUGAUUUACUCGAGUAUCUCCCAGACCUCAUGGUGGUGGACAUCAGCAGGAAUCUGCCCGAACCUGCCUCUGACAUACGCAAAUGCAAAAUGCUGCUUUAUGAUACAAUUGUCAAAUAUUACAGUCAACCAAAGGAACCUCUGCUUACUAACUGCUUCUUUGAUAUUCAUACUGGGAUUACAGAGCUCCUGGUGAAUGGUAAAUCCGAACCAGCAUUAGAAGCGACACAACUAUGUCUAAAGCUUCUGGAUUCCAGGAACCGUGAGGAGCUCAGGAGGCUGUUGUACUUCAUGGCGACCGCUGCAGAUUCUGCAGCAAUUGUCUUACAAAAAGGGGUUGAAAAUAGAAUUGUGAUGAAGAGAACCUUUGGCCCCUCAAUUGUGCACAGUAAGAAUCUGCAGAAAGGAAAAGCAAAUCUUCUGGUUUUAUUUCUACUGGACAAUCAGAAAGAUGUGUUCAAGAUCCCUGGCACACUGCACAAAAUGGUGAGUGAAAAGCUGAUGGUGAUCCAGCGAGGUGGUGAUCCAGAAUACGAUGCAGGGUACACUUUCUGCGAAAGACUCGAUGGCGAGGCGUACGAGAGCAACAUGCGGAGCACGACCAGAGCGGAACUUUUGUUGCUGAUCAAAUCCAUUGAUGAAAACGCUCGGCUCUCUACCAAAGAGAAGAAAAAGAUCCUGAAUCAGUUCAACAAAAGUCACCCGGCCAUAUUUAUUCAAUAUUUCUUCGAUCCGUCGAGGAAAAGUUAACUCUUUCGUCAAGCCGAAUGAUCGCAGUGGCUGGCGCGCGCGGGUGGG